CUAUCGACGGCCGUAGUCAAGUUUGGAGCACGCUGAAGAAGUGCGUCCGUUGCUGCAGAGCCAAUCCACCUCCAGUGAAUUAUGUCAUGGGCGAUCUCCCAGCCGCACGAAUAACAGAAUCUCGGCCGUUUACCAACGUCGGAGUCGACUACUGCGGACCCUUUCACAUCAAAGAACGAAAGGACCGCAACCGACGUAAAGUCAAGGUAUAUGUAGCAAUCUUCAUAUGUCUUGCAGUUAAAGCAGUCCAUAUCGAGCUGGUCAGCGACCUCACUAGCGAGGCCUUCAUUGCUGCUCUGCGAAGAUUCAUUGCUCGCCGAGGAUUCUGCCUAACGAUUUAUUCAGACAACGGUACCAAUUUCGUUGGCGCCAACAACGAACUACGAGAGCUCCGAAACCUCCUGCAGUCCGACGAUCACAAGGUAAAGGUUCAGUCCUUUUUAGCCGACCGACGGAUCGAAUGA